GACACAUUCCUAGCUCAUUGGUUAUGUUUAUAUGUCUGUAUUAUUUACGCUGCUCCCCCGAAGUAUUAUAACUCGUGAUGAUUAUGCAAUGUACUGCUGGAAGUGGCGACAGUAAAGUAAGGUAGCCCCAGAGCAGGUAUCUUAUGGUUUUAGCUAAAAUAUGUUACAUCCACAUACUUUUAUUUAGCGAAGUAAGAUUGUAUAGCGUUACAAAAAAAGGAGGAACCAAACAAGAAAAGUACAUAAAAGGCAUCAUGGACCAGUCAUCAUACCGUUUGCUGCAGAUUCUGUCCUUGGCAUGUCUGGCCUGUAGGCUCACUUCUAGUUCUUUCAAAAACUACGGAACAAUAAUCCCACAAUCUCCAACAGUGGAAAUUGGGAAGGAAUUCACCGCUACCUGUGUAGUCUAUGAAGCUGCUAAAGCCACAGCGGAUGACAUCUACUGGACGAGUGGUGGCGUCAUAGUGCCCAAAGAGCAGUACACCAAGAUCAACGACUCAGCUGUUAACGUAACCAUUCCUAUCACCAGGGAAACUGGAAAAUGGUUACUUUGUAAAAAGAAUGAGUCUCCCUCAUCCUUAAACAAAAGUAAAACAAUCCACGGGAUUGAAUUGACCAAAGGGUAUCCUCCUGAGAAGCCUGAGAAUUUGUCCUGCAUGGCUGUCCAGUUCGACCGACUGAUUUCCUCCAAUGUGACGUGCACAUGGCAGCCUGGGAAAAUGGACGAGAAGAUAAGCACAACAUUCACCUUGUUUGGAAGUGUAAUUGCCGUAAACCAGAACUACAGCACAAAAGCUCAGAGAAGCAGUGGAUGCAUCUACUUUGGCAACUUUCCAAACUAUAUGGAACUGGAUAUAUGGGUAGACGUUGAAAACAAUUUGGGGAAGGUUCGAUCGGACGUUCUGUUCAUAAUUGAUCCGAAUGAAAUGGUGAAAACGAAUCCCCCAUUAGACGUCAAUAUUAUUUCAGAGAAGAACUUUUCCAGGACCCUCUUAGUGAGCUGGAAGCACCCUAUCCAUGAAACUGUUGUCAAACUGAAAUACAACCUCAGGUUCUGCACUGUGGGCUCUGGAGACUGGACUGAGGUACCCCCAAAUGACACCGAAAGUAGCAAGGAGUCUUUCCGUCUCCAAUACCUUAAACCAGACAUGGAGCACGUAGUGCAGGUCCGCUGUAUGCAUCACACGGGCUACGGCUACUGGAGUGACUGGAGUGCGAACUCUACCGCCAGGACCCCAGAGGACAAGCCUACAAGUAAACCAGACCUAUGGAGAGUGGUCAUUCCCAGUCAAGGCAAAAGUGAGCGACGAGUGGAAGUGAUAUGUAAGGAUCCAGUGGAGUCCAAUGGAAGGAUACGAGGCUACAACAUCAAGAUCCAAGAUGGAGCCUGGGAGGUUGUGCCGGUCAAUGGCUCUGAGCUGAACUCUAGGUCGCAGGAGAGAAAAAUUAUCCCCCUUUACCAGAUUCCACUGUCUGACAAGAGAAGAGGCUCCAUUGAAUUGAAGGCCUGGAAUUCUGUUGGCGAGUCUCCCCGAGCUUCUUUGGGCAUUCCUAAAUUGGCCCACGAGCCCCCUCCAGUGGCAUCGCUCAGUUGUUUUAACCAGGACAGGAGGCUGUGGGUGGAGUGGCAGCCGCCCAAUGUGGAGGCCACAGGGGUGACUGAGUAUGUCCUGGAGUGGGUUUCGGUCAGUGACGGCACGAUUGACUGGCAGAGAGAACCUAGACACAACAGGAAGGCACCCAUUAAAGGUACCCUUCAGAGAUUUAAGCUCUACAAUAUAGCUGUGUAUCCCAUGUACUCUGGGUGGACUGGGAAACCAUUAACCACUGCAUGCUUUCUGGAACAAGGAGCUCCACUGGAGGGUCCCUCUGUGAAAGUGAGGAGAACAGGGAAGAGCAACGCUGAGGUGGAAUGGAUGGAGAUUCCGCUGGACAAACGGCGAGGCUUCAUCACAAACUACACAAUAUUCUACAUCACGGGAGGCAAGGAACACUCAAUAGUUGUCUCCCCGGACACCUACUCUUACACAGUGGAGGGCCUGGCCAGCAACAGUAAGCAGGUGGUGCGGAUCAUGGCCUCUACAGUACAAGGCUCGACAAAUGGCUCAGACCUGUCGUUCAAUACUCUGAUGUAUGCUCCUGGACAGAUGGAAGCCAUCGUGGUGUCUGUGUGCAUCGGCGUCCUGUUUGUCAUAGUGCUAACUGUGUCCCUCUGCAUGUACAAAAUUGACUUGAUAAAAAAGAUCUGGCCACCGGUUCCAGAUCCCUCCAACAGUACUAUCGCUAACUGGUCGCCUGAUUUCCCCACCAAAGCUGUCAGUCCCAAGGAGAGUGUGCUGGGCGACGUGAGUGUGGUAGAGGUGGACGUAUUCGACAGGAAGUCGCUGUGCGAAGAGGAUAAGGCGGGCCUGCCGCUCAAGAAGGACAAGUACAUGUCGGAGGAGCACAGCAGCGGCAUUGGCGGCUCUUCUUGCAUGUCGACACCACGCCAGAGCGUCUCGGACAGCGAGGAAGGCGGUGACUCGGGCCAGACCACGACCAGCACCGUCCAGUACUCGUCGGUGGUGGCCUCCAACGGCUACAAGGGCCAGUCCCCUUGUACUCUGCCCCAGUCCCCCUGCACUCUGCUCCAGACCCCCCAGUGCGGCUCCUCACAGUCCCAGAUGCCCAGCUUCGCCCGCUCUGAGUCCACCCAACCCCUGCUGGACAGCGAAGAGAGCCAGGAGGGCAGUGGGCAGUCCCACCAGCGGAACCCCUACUUCAGCCGUUCACCUGUGGCUAGCGAAAGCAGAGACCCGGGGGACAGGAACCAGCUGGAGAUGGAGGAGCAGGGGUUGGCUUCGCUCCGGUUCUGCCCUCUGGAGGAGGGGUCACAACAGACCACGCCCACAGAUGAGGGACAAUCCCCUGACGAACAGCCAGGCCCCGUUCCUAGCUAUAUGCCUCAGCUGAGAGGCCACAGGCAACCGUGUUAGGAGAGGAGAACAAAUGGUGACUUUAGUUCGAAGUCUUCUCACUUCAUUCAUUUAUCCCUCCUUUGUGCCUUGGUUCAUUUCAGACAUUCAUUUAUCUCUCCUUUGUGCCUUGGUUCAUUUCAGACAUUCAUUUAUCUCUCCUUUGUGCCUUGGAUCAUUUCAGACAUUCAUUUAUCCAGCCUUUGUGCCUUGGAUCAUUUCAGACAUUCAUUUAUCCAGCCUUUGUGCCUUGGUUCAUUUCAGACAUUCAUUUAUCCAGUCUUUGUGCCUUGGUUCAUUUCAGACAUUCAUUUAUCCAGUCUUUGUGCCUUGGUUCAUUUCAGACAUUCAUUUAUCCAGCCUUUGUGCCUUGGUUCAUUUCAGACAUUCAUUUAUCCAGCCUUUGUGCCUUGGUUCAUUUCAGACAUUCAUUUAUCCAGCCUUUGUGCCUUGGUUCAUUUCAGACAUUCAUUUAUCCAGCCUUUGUGCCUUGGUUCAUUUCAGACAUUCAUUUAUCCAGCCUUUGUGCCUUGGUUCAUUUCAGACAUUCAUUUAUCCAGCCUUUGUGCCUUGGUUCAUUUCAGACAUUCCGUUCAAGAUUUCAAAUGAUGAAUUACGUCGGCAUAUUAUUUUUGCACCCAUGAACUUCCUACAGACAUCCUAACUUGCCUCAUUAAAUCUCUUUUUAAGUGGAUGACAGUUUGGCUCUAAGCCUUCAGCUUGUAUGUGGAGUUUUUGUUUUAACAUUCCAAGAAGCAAAUAGACCACUUUUUCUGAGACGCUGUAUCUUAUAGUUAAGACUAGACGGGCAGUGUAUAACAUCUUUUCUCUUAGCAACCACCAUUUCAAUCAGUUCACAUGACAGACAGGAGUUUAUAGACACAGGUCAGGCAUUACUAAUCAAUGAUGAACAUCUGAUUUUCAUCCUUACAACACAUGCUGUACAUGAAUGUAAUUAACAGAUCUCGUCGGUCUCAAACAGCAAUGUCCCAGAGGAGCUAGGCACCAAACAGUAGAAAACAGGGAGGAGCUACAUGGACCUGUCCAAUAAGAAAUGCUUUUUUUCGCUAGUCGUCCCUAAUGAAGAUGACUGUGUUCCCAGGAUGGUAGAUUGAAUGGUAAAGUGUUCCAGUGUGGCAUAUUUUCUUUUUUCUUCAUAGUAACUAGGACCAUGUCUAUGGACUGAAGUAAUGCCUCACAAUGAAAAGUUUACUCAAUUUAAAAGCCUCUUCAGUAGCUAGUGAGCUUUGUACUGUUUAUCAUUCGUUGUGUUAGCUUCACCUGUCGUCUGAAGAGCAUAGUCUAGAAGUGGGUGCUGAUCUCUACAAACUGGCCAAGUUGAAUUUAUAGUGCAUUUGGAAAGUACUUGGACCCUUUCUCCACAUUUUGCUAUGAGACUCAAAUUGAGCUCCGGCGCAUCCGAUUUCCUUUGAUCAUCCUUGAUGUUUCCACAACUUGAUUUAUUGGACAUCAUUUGGCAAGGCGCGCGCACACACCUGUCUAUAUAAUGUCCCGAAACAAAAGGUGGAAAAAGUCCAGGGGUCUGAAUUCUUUCCGAAUGCAGUGUAGAAUAGAAAAGAGGACUAAAAGGAAGCCAACAUGUGACACUAACCAAUACAACAGGACCCCUUGAAAUAUGCUACACUAGUCAGUAUAUGACUGGUGACAUGGCGUCAUUUCAGGUAGGGAAUCGGUAGAAAAACUGUUUGACAAAUGUAUAUUUGCCGUUUUACAAUGCCUUAAGAAUUUUUAUUCAAGGUCUACUUGACAUGCCGUUAUGAAUUCUGCUCCAAGUCAUCUUUAGACUUGAUCUGUUGCCAAAGACCUUAAUACCCAGGAAUUUCAAAAUGUUUCAUGUUAAUUUCAAAAUUCUAUGAAUUACUACUAUUUUAGUUUUUUUAAAUACAAGAUUUUUUUUAUUUUAAAUUGAUCCGUUAAUAAGGACAUUGUGGUUAAAUUUAACGAAAGGUAAAGCAGUGCUAUGCAAGUUCCCUGCCCAUCUGGUUCCAGGUCAGAUUUUAGAGAGAUUACUGGUACAGUAUUAUAUGUACUGAAAAGGAAGAUUGUGUAUUAUUUCUUACAGGUAUAUCUUUUUAUUUUUUAUAUGAAUUUUUGUCUUGUCAUGAAAAUAGUUUGUUUGGAAUGUACAGAUCUCAACUGGACCUUCAAAUGAGUUUCUACAGCAAGGAGUAUGCUCAGAAAUUAAUGUAUGUUUACCUACAUUUGAAUGUUGCUACUUAUGAAAACUAUUCUGACAUCACUCAGUUAACACUACAUUUCCAUUGUAUACAGAGAACAGCCUAGUAUUUCACUGCAUGCAACCAUAACAUGCACCCUUUUUGGAGCAGUCUUAAGUAUGAAAUAAACUAGUUUAAAUGCC